AUUUGUUUUUGGGCGGAUAAGAAUCAAGAAUAAUAAUCAUGGAAUUCAGUUGGGAUGUUAUUGCCUGUCUGGGUCUCGCUGUGCUGGUACACGUUCUUGUCUACAUAUUUGUCAUGCAAAAGCGAGCAAAGUGCAUCGAUGGACGCCAUGUCGUGGUCACCGGCGGUUCGAGCGGCAUUGGGGUCUGCCUGGCCAUAGAAUGCGUCACGAAGGGAGCCCAUGUAACGAUAAUAGCGCGUGACGAGAAAAGGCUUAAAGCGGCUGUGGACCGGUUGGAGCUUGUGCGCCAGCGACCGGAUCAGAAGCUGCAAUACCGCAGCUUGGACAUUGGCGGAGACUAUGAGGAGGUGGCUCGAGUGCUGGCCGAGACGGAGGCAACCGUAGGCCCCAUUUACGCGUUGCUCAAUUGCGCGGGCAUGGCCAUUUGUGGCGUCUUUGAGGAUGUUUCUGUGCGGGAUGUCCACAAGCUGAUGAAUGUGAACUUCUUUGGCAGCUACAACUGCACCCGCCACGUACUGUCCAGGAUGAAGAGCGCUAGGGAGGGCAUCAUUGUGUUUACCUCAUCGCAGGCUGCGAUGUUCGGCAUCUACGGCUAUGGACCGUAUGCAGCCAGUAAAUAUGCACUGCGAGCCAUGGCCGAAACGAUCGCCAUGGAGUCCCGGGAGCAUGGCGUCAGUGUCACCUUGGCCUUGCCCUGUGACACAAACACGCCAGGAUUCGAGGAGGAGGAGAAAUCCAAGCCACGCGAAACGAAAAUCAUCUCUGGCGGUGGAGGCCUACUGAAGCCAGAGGACAUGGCCAAAGCCAUUCUCAAGGAUGCCUUGAAGGGCAACUUUGUCUCGAUUGUGGGCGCAGAGAGCUGGCUGAUCACCAUGCUGGGCGGUGGCCUGCUGCCCUGGGACGGAUUCUUUACAAAUCUCCUGCACGCCUUGGCCAUUGGUCCAUUGCGCUUGUUCGCCUAUGGCCUGCACAAGUACUUCAACAGCAUCAUACGCAAAUGUGCCAAAGAGGAGCGUGCCAGCAAAAAUGGAUCUGGGGAUAAAGUGGAAGCGAAGUAAAUCGAUCUCUCCAUGGCCUUGCGCACUUAUUGUUUGGAUUUGUAACAUUGCAUGCGGCAUGGUUGGGCAAUUGCAAUUCCAAAUAUCGCCUGACAUCAGCCACUUUUAUGGUCAUGUAAUCGAAUCGUUUCAUAAACUAUUUUUUCUUGCAUGUAUGUGUCUAGUCUUGUAAU